GGCUCCAUUGUCCCAGAGAUUCCUGAGGUAUGCCACAUAAUCCAGUUUCUCAGGCCAUGCAGACACAGAACAUGGGUCAGAGUGGUAUUAAUGAGCAGUGUAAUUUCCAGGUAUGUUCUUAGAUCUCAUAGCAGGUAUGUGGCCUGGUCACCAACAAUCCACCCAGAAAGAACACACAGGAAGCCCUGCAAUUUUACCUUUAACAACUUAACUCCACCAAUCUUUCUGGAUGCUCCUCCAAGCAUAUAGGGCUUGGCUGGGGACUAGGGACAUAAUGUUGACAAGUACUCAGACUGUACCCUUGAGAAGCUCUCUAUCUGUAAGGCAAAGAGGUGUGUAGACCAACUAUGGGACUGGAGGGUAGAAAGGAUGAUAAUAGAACUGGGGCUGGGGGAUAGAAAUUUCCCAGAGGAUGAAGUGGUUAUAUCUGUUCAAGGAUAUUGAGGAGGAAAGACUCUAACAGAGGGGAUUCUGUUGGAUCUAGGUUUGAAGGAUGAGUAAGGAUCCUUGUAGGGGGUAUAGGGGCAUUUCUAGGCAGAGAAGACAACAUCAGUAAAGAUGUGUAGAUCUACACUUUCUUGUUUGCAGAGUUUCAAGUAUUUAGAGGUGCAGGGAGCCAUGCUGACAAGGACAGGUUAGAGAUUGAAGGACAGUAAUUUUAAUUAGUUUCUGUAACUUUUGAAAUUACCGGUAACACUGAGUUGUUUAUUGAUUUCCCACAGAAUGUGAACUCAUAGAAGGUCAAAUUUGGAGUGUCCAGGACACUUUGUCAGCACUCCUGGCUGGGGAGCACCUGUGGGUGGAGCUCAGGUGGCCGCACUACUGGCUGUUGCUCUAGCCCCGCCCCCUUUUCAGUAUAUACAUCCCAGCCUCACUGAAUCACGGCUGGUGAGAGGGGAAGCUCCGCACCCAUAGGCCGGCAAGGACCAGCACACACUGCUGAACGGAAGCAGAGAGAAUUCACAGAGGAAAAGUGGCCAUGGACCUGAUCCCAAGCUUUUCCAUGGAAACCUGGCUUCUCCUGGCUACCAGCCUGGUCCUCCUUUAUCUCCCCUUCCUUUUUACCAGCAGCAGCAUGAUGCUGUCAAGAAGAGGGAAACUUGAAAGAAUCAGAAAAAUUCACCCAGCCCACCCUCUGCCUUUUUAUGGAGCCAUAUAUGGGACCUCCACACAUGGACUUUUUAAGAAGCUGGGAAUUCCUGGGCCAAAACCUCUGCCUUUUGUGGGAACUGCUCUGGCCUACCGUAAGGGUGUUUCUGUUUUUGACAUGGAAUGUUUUAGAAAGUAUGGAAGAACAUGGGGGAUUUAUGAUGGGCGACAGCCUGUGUUGGCUAUAACGGAUCCGGACAUGAUCAAAACAGUAUUAGUGAAAGAAUGUUACUCUGUCUUCACAAACCGGCGGGCUCUUGGUCCAGUGGGAUUCAUGAAAAGUGCACUCUCUUUGUCUGAGGAUGAAGAAUGGAAGAGGAUGCGAACAUUGUUGUCCCCUACUUUCACUAGUGGAAAGCUCAAGGAGAUGUUCUCCAUCAUUGGCCAAUAUGGAGAUGUGUUGGUGAAGAAUGUGAGGAAGGAGGCUGAGAAAGGCAAGCCUAUCAACUUGAAAGACAUCUUUGGGGCCUACAGCAUGGAUGUGAUUACCAGCACAUCGUUUGGAGUGAACAUUGAUUCCCUCAGCAACCCACAGGAUCCCUUCGUGGAAAAUACUAAGAAGCUCUUAAAAUUUGAUUUCCUUGAUCCAUUAUUCUUCUCAAUAAUACUGUUUCCAUUCCUUACCCCAGUUUUUGAAAUGCUAAAUAUCUGGCUAUUUCCAAAAAGAGUUACUGAUUUUUUCAAGAAAUCUGUAGAAAGGAUAAAGGAAAGUCGCCUCAAAGAUAAACAAAAGCACCGAGUGGACUUUCUUCAGCUGAUGAUUAACUCCCAGAAUUCCAAAGAAAUGGACACCCAUAAAGCUCUGUCUGAUCUGGAACUCGUGGCCCAGUCUAUUAUCUUUAUUUUUGCUGGCUACGAGACCACUAGCACUUCUCUUUCCUUCCUUUUGUAUGAACUGGCCACUCACCCUGAUGUCCAGCAGAAACUGCAGGAGGAGAUUGAUGCGACUUUCCCCAAGAAGGCACCACCCACUUAUGAUGCCCUUGUACAGAUGGAGUAUCUGGACAUGGUGUUGAAUGAAACUCUCAGAUUAUACACAAUCGGUGGUAGACUUGAGAGGAUUUGUAAGAAAGAUGUGGAAAUCAGUGGUGUGUUUAUUCCCAAAGGGACAGUGGUGAUGGUGCCAGUGUUUACUCUUCACCGAGACCAGGAUCUCUGGCCAGAGCCUGAGGAGUUCCGCCCUGAAAGGUUCAGUAAGAAGAACAAGGACAGCAUAAAUCCUUAUACAUAUCUGCCUUUUGGAACUGGACCCCGAAACUGCAUUGGGAUGAGGUUUGCAAUCAUGAACAUGAAACUCGCCCUUGUCAGAGUCCUGCAGAACUUCUCCUUCAAACCUUGUAAAGAAACACAGAUCCCCAUGAAAUUAAGCACUCAAGGGUUAAUUCAACCAGAAAAACCCAUUGUUCUCAAGGUUGAGCCAAGAGAUGGCAGUAUGAGUGGAGCCUGACUUUCCCAUUGGGCCUCCCCUUUGUUCUUCAAGAAGCUGUAUCCCAGAUCACCAGAGACCUCAAUUUCCUUUGUGAGUAAAACCCAGAAAUGAAGAUGGCCUGCAUCUACUGCCCAUGACAGAUGACUAGGCCUUCCAUACCUUCAUUUAGCCUUUUUGGUGUCUGUGUGGAGCAUUCUGUAUUGUGGAGAGUGAAGGAGGUGAUCAAUAAGUGCCAGAGAUAUAGACUCAGCCUGUCUGGUUCACACAGACUACCCCCAGUUAGUACCAUCUGUUCCCCUGAACAAGAAUAAAACUUUCUCAACAAUUUUAUCAACCUA